GCCAACAUGACUAGACUAAUAAUCGUUUUGAUUAUUUCUAUACAUUUUGCUAUGUCUAAAAAAGUUACAGACGAUCAAGGUGUUGAUUAUUGCAGUUUAUCUUGUGAAAAUAGUGCACAUACAGUAUGUAUACGGAGAAAAGCAAGAUGCGGACCGGCAGCACAUUGUAAUUCAUUUAUGGAGUUUUUAAACGACGAAUCCAGACAAUAUAUUUUGGAUAUUCACAAUCAUCUACGAAAUCAAAUAGCUCUUGGAUUGGAAACGAGAGGUUUUCAACCUCCAGCAUCAAACAUGAAUGCUCUCGUUUAUAGCAAACAUUUGGAAUAUGUGGCUCAAUGUUUAACAAAUACUUGUCAAUAUGCGCAUGACGUUUGUCGAAUAACUCAUAAAUAUCCUAGUGUUGGACAAAAUAUAGGAGUAAAGUGGUUCUCUGGUAAAAAAUAUGAUAAUUAUAAAACAGUUAUAAACGAAACAAUCUAUUCAUGGUACGAACAAGUAACAUCUUUUAAUUCCUCGUGGGUGGAAAAUUUUCCAGAUGAAAGAGGAAUCGAAGCUUACGCUCAAUUAGCAUGGGCUAACACCUUAGAAGUCGGUUGUGGAUUGACGUUCUGGUCGGAAGACGGUUGGCAUAUAUAUUUUUUCGCUUGUAACUACGGUCCCGCUGGAAACAUACCUGGGGUUCCUAUGUACGCAAUUGGCACCGCCGCUACCGAUUGCUCGGAUGGUAUGGAACCCAAUAAAAAAUUCAAAGGAUUGUGUGGACAAGAUAGAAUCAAUAAGAAGGAAUCACUUUAUUGAUGUUUUAUCAAAUAUUUGUUUAAGUUGUAAAUUGAUAACAUGAUAAAUUAAUAAAGUAUUUUGUUUUUAA